UCUCCACUCAUUUUCCUCCUGUCUUCUCAUUCAUCCCCUCAUUCUCCCGUUUUCUAUCUAUCCACCCUUUUCUUCUUCUGCCUCCCUCUCUUCCCAUCCCAUCGCCUCCUCUCCUCUCCACUAGUAGCGCACACUACGGCAGGGCAACAGAAUGGUUAAUGAAGAGCCCAAUUUAGCCUGUGCUGUGCUGCAGGCUGCUGUGAGUGGCUGAGCUGGAGCUGACAUCACAGAGGCCAGCUGUUGAUUUGGCACUGUCUCUGAGGCUGGGGCCGAGUGGCUGGGUGAUGGGCUCUGGCAGGUAGACCCCCACGACCCACACACGCUCACACACACUCACACGCAAGCCUACGAGAGGCUGCUGCCUGGGAGCUGGCUCCAAGCGGCUUCCCCCCCUUCAGCAAAUGCUGCCUCCUGUACUAUGGAAACUAAACCCGCCUCAACCAGUGGACAUGAUGAGGGCGAGUGUGUGGCAGGCCUCUGAGGGGAAUGAGCAGCUUGGAGGGCAGCAGCAGCAGCGUGGUCGUUGUUCAGGCCCGGCGAUAGGGACAUGGGACUCUUUCUCAGAGCUUGCGGCAGGCUCAGCACAAGUGACAACCCGGCGGACAGCUUCGAAAGGGACCCAGGGUUCAGCCCUCGCACCAGCGGGACGUCACCUCACCCACGGCCCAGCAGCACCAAGUUCCCAGCGUUUGGUGGCGACUCCCAGUAAGCGUGUCUGAUGAGGAUGUCUGAUACUGUUACUGGAAAGGGCCAGACGGACACCAUGAGGGUGUCGGAGGCGGCGCAGACGGACGCCACGCCCGAGGCCGGCGUGAGCACGUCUGGGAGCCCGGAACACAACGGGCCAGACAGAGACGAGAGCCACCGCGACAACAAGAGGGAGGCGCAGCAGCAGCAGCAGCCCGCUCUGUCACCUGGGCAGGCCGGGAAGAGGUCAAAGUCCAAUACAAAGUUAAAGUUAGUGCGGAGCCUGGCUGUUUGUGAAGAGUCCUCUCCUCCUCCCGUUACCCAACUGCCUGCAGAACCUCAGGAUAGAAUUCAUAUUAAAAUCUCACAGUCGUUUGAAAAAGAGGAACUGUCUGCCAAGGAUGAAGAAGAGAAGGAGAAGAGCUGCGACAAGGUGGAGAAGCCAGAGAAAACGCCUCGGAAAAUGCUGUCAAGAGAUUCCAGUCAAGACUAUACAGACUCCACUGGCAUAGACCUCCAUGAGUUCCUUGUCAAUACAUUGAAGAACAACCCUAGAGACAGAAUGAUGCUGUUGAAGUUGGAACAAGACAUUCUGGAUUUUAUCAACAACAACGAAAGCCAGAAGAGGAAGUUUCCUCCCAUGACAUCGUACCACAGAAUGCUCUUACACAGAGUCGCUGCAUACUUUGGGAUGGAUCACAAUGUGGAUCCAACAGGGAAAUCGGUCAUCAUUAACAAAACUAGCAAUACAAGAAUACCGGAUCAGAAAUUCUCCGAACACAUUAAAGACGACAAAAGCGAGGACUUUCAGAAGCGCUACAUUCUGAAGAGAGACAACUCCAGCUUUGAUCGGGAGGACAGCAUGAUACGAAUGCGCCUGAAAGACGACAGGAGAAGCAAAUCUAUUGAGGAGAGAGAGGAGGAGUACCAAAGAGCCAGAGAUAGGAUAUUUGCACAAGAUGGUGAUCAUUUUCAUCUAGACAGACGAAUGCAUGAAGAAGAGGCUUGCAUCAGCACGCAACAGAGGCGGCAGAUCUUCAGACUGAGAGACGGCCGCUCGGGCAACAGCCGCCAGAGCAGCUCGGAGAACGAGCCCAAGUACUCGGACCCGCGGCCCUGGAGCAGCACAGACUCUGACAGCUCCAACCGAAACCUGCGUCCGGCCAUGACCAAGGCCAGCAGCUUCAGCGGCAUCUCGGUUCUGAUCCGUGGGGACAGCACGGCCAGCAGCAAGAGCACCGGCACCGGGCGCCUCUCCAAGACAGGUUCAGAAUCUUCCGGUAGUGUAGGUUCCUCGACAAGCUCGCUCUCUCGUCCACAACUGCCCCCGCCUACCCCAGCUCUAACCCAAGCUGGCCCCGGCGCUCCCGUCCCCUACCCCACCGCCGGCAGUAGUUGCCCCAGGCAGUACGAGGGGGGCAGGGGGGCCCAGGCCCCGGCGCCGGCCGCUGCUAACGCUAGCUACUAUUUGCUUCCGCUGGAAGCCGCAGGGAUACCGCCUGGCAGUAUUCUGGUCAACCCACACACAGGCCAGCCCUUUGUGAACCCAGAUGGCAGCCCCGUGGUGUACAACCCCUCCAGCAGCAGCUCCCAGCAGGCCAGGACCCACCAGCCCCCUCCUCCAGCCCCCGCUGCCCUCCACCCUCCAGCCAAUCACCUCCUCUCCCAGCCGCCUCGCUCCUUCCAGCCCUCGGCUCAGCCUCUCCAGUACUCAACCAUCUCUUACCCUCCUCCUCCUCAGUACCUGCCUGUCAACCCUAACCAACAAUACACUGUGCAACAGGACGGGCUGGGGGCCCAGUUCAGCCACAUGAGCCUGGUGCGCCAGGCGUCCAGCGAGGCCCCCGACCCCCACACCGCCAUGUACCCCACCCAGGUGGUCCUCCAGGCACCCCAACAGCAGACCGGCUUCAUGUUGGGCCCCCCCGGCCAGGCCCAGGCCUACCCCACCCCCGGCCCUCCUAUGAGCCAGCCAGUCAUGCAGCAGCAGACCUAUAUCCAGCAGCCUGUUCAGCAGAUGACUACGUGUUACUGUGCCCCUGCUCAGUACUCGCACUCCAACCAGCACUAUCGUCCUGUCACCCCAGUGCACUACAACAACCCCCAGAGCCAGCCUCAGCCCCUGCCCCCCCAGCCAACAGCUUAUCAGACCGUGAUGCCAAACCCGCCCCAGACCUACCAGAGUGUCAUGGGGCUGCAACAAGCAGCCAAUCCCAAUCUCGUGGGAGGGCAGCAGCAGCACAGCAUUAUGGGAAACCAGAUGCAAGGCAUGAUGGUCCAGUAUCCUUCAAUGCCUUCUUAUCAGCAGGUGUCCAUGCCCCAGGGAUCCCCCAGCAUGCCCCAGCAGGCGUACCCUCAGCCCAUGGUGCUCUCCAGCCACUCCAGCCAGGGCCCCGUGCCCAUGACCAGCAUGCAGGUCUACUACAGCAUGAUGCCACCCAAUCAGCCUGGCACCGUGAGUUCGACGGUGGGCUUCUUACCCCCUCCAGGGUCGGAGCAGAUGCAGUUUCCUCGGGCGUCGUCUCCGUGCAGAUCCCAGCAGCACCCAGGACAGCAGUGUUCAGGUAUGCACCCGCCCCCCCACGGCAGCGGGAUGGUGAUGAUGCAACUGGCUCUCCCCCCCAACCACCAGCCGCGAGCCCACUCCCCCCCCCAGUGGAAACACAACAAAUACUACAGCCUGGACCACCAGCGCAGCCAGAGGUCCAUGGAGAUCACCCCCCCAGACAACUCCCAGAACAGCCCCGCCUCCUCCCCAGCCCCGCCCCCCACCUCGGCACACCUCACCUCCAUGAAGAACCCUCGUGCCAGCAUGGCGCCCAUCCCCAUCAUGACGCAUCACUUCCCCAGACAUUUCGGCCCCGGACAAGGUGAUGCCAGGUUCCCCCUUUUGGGUCAGCCCCUCCAGUACAACCCCUCCAUCCGCCCCCCUCUGCUGCACGGCACACACAUGUUCCCCGGACACCAGGGCCCCAUGGGAGUCCGGCAUGGGGGCCGAGGGAGGAAGCCGACCAGGAAAUCUCUGUCUACAGAUCUCAGUGUAGGUGAACCAGUAAACGGUCGAGUCCUGGAGGUGACGGACCUGCCGGAGGGAAUGAGCCGCAACGAGGCGCACUGCCUCCUGGGGGAGCUGAGCAAAGGGGGGGCCAUGAUCAAGUGGCUGUCUGAGGGUCAGCCGGGGCCUGGGUGUGGGCCGGCCGGGGAGGGCACCAACGGGGACAGGGACACUGAGAGCAGCGACCUGGCCUCCACCUACACCAUCCUGGCCACGUUCCCCUCCAGACACGCGGCGCAGAGCGCCCUGCUGCGCCACGCCAGCCCCCUCACCACCUUCAAACUCCGAACUAGCAAGAAACACGAGGAGACCGCCGACCUGGAGAGGGCGAGCUCUCAGUAGCAGCGUGCCAAACGGGGGGUGGGGAGGUGGAGGAAGGGGGCUCCUGUGCCUAAACCCCCCCCUCCUCCCCACCCCUCAACACCCCCCCUCCUCUCCUGCCACUUGAUGCCCCCCUCCUGCUUCUGCCAGCAUCAUCCCACCCUCCACUCUACCCCACCAACACCACCACCCACCUCUCACGACACUAGCGUUGGCGUCACAGGUUUUCACGGGUUCUAGAAGCUUUGAGAAUGUGUUGUUUUUUUGUACCGACCCCUACUUUUGGAGAAUGAACAUGUAAAAAAAAUAAACACCUGCCAGUACCAAUGUUUGAGAGAAAAAAAAGAUAGAAAAACAUUUAUCAAUAUCAAAUUGGCUUGAGAACAUUAAUGGGUUGGGGUUAGCAUGUUUCUAACUUUUGUUUUUGGUUUGGUUAUAAUUUUGCUAAAACUGCUCAUUCUCGAACACGCACUCUUUCGGGUAAGUACUCCUCACUUCUGGUCGGAUCCGGCUUGGUUUCUGACUCAAUUUGUUACACAAAUGUUCCAUUUCCAUCAGCAACGCACCGUUCAAUAAAAGUAUGUGUUAGGUCUCAAGGUGGGACGUGGCUGGUUCAGCCCUUCUCCUUCCACAAGUGUGCCGUGGAAACACGACAUCAGAAUCUCUCCCUGGUCAGCUACAGAAUGUUUUAGUCAUUGUUUUUUGUGCCUUCUCACAACUUGGGUUCUGCUGUCUCCAACAAGCCUGAAAACAUCCAAUGCCAAUUGUAAAUUGUGGACUACUCCCAAGGUAAAUCCUAGUUGUGCUAAGUUAAGUUAUUCAGUCACCUUUUUACACCUUGAAUGUUAUCUUUGCACUGGCACGAGGAGAAGGCGUUGAUUGUGUUUUUGAUUUUUGAUUUGGUUUUAGGAUAAAAUACAGCAUAUCAUAACAGAAUUAUUAUGAUAAUUCAUCACAUUGUGACAAUUCUGUCCUCAGAACUACACACCGUUUUGUUGAAACACCCAAUUCCUACGAUUUUGAAUUGAAAUGUUUAUCCAUCAUUAGGGUCCCUGGAAAAAUGUGUGCACGUUGAUUUACACAGCAAGUCCACCCUCCCCCAUCAGAUUUAUUUAUGUGUGGAUUCAUGAGAGAUGUACAGUGUUGGUUGGUGCGAGUUGUUUUUAUUUCUGUUUGAAACCAAUAAAUGUUUACACCAAAUGUG